AUGCCUGGUCAAGGUCAAACUCGGUUUCGGGGCAACUCUGGCUCAUUUUGGGGGGUAACGGGGCCUGAGUUACGGUACCUUACGGGCGAUUUGGCCAGUAACGGGUCACAAGUACCGCUACCCGUUCUGACCAAAGCCAGAAGCCACAGCAGCGGUACGUUUUGCCCUCAGCCCACUUCCGUAUCCUUCGAUAACACAUACCCUCCACCUCCACCCUUGACGCCGCCACCCACCAAACACCUCGAUCCAAGGAAUCCACGAAGCCAUCAAGAUUCAAUACGUUCCUCAUCUGGACUAAUCAAAGCCAACCAAGCAUCCGGAGCAACAACCGGAUGCCCAUACAAUUCAAUGGGCACAGACACUCCACCUUCGAUUGAGGAAAUGAAGAUGUUUCAUUUUAAACCCUCCUACCCUUAUAACUUCACGUUUUUGCUUUAUCAUCAUCCCAAUCGAUUCCAGAUGGCACCAACUCAAAGUACUCUGCGAUUUGAUUCAGGCUACGAGACUGACGAUAAUGGCCCACGCCGUUCAGGACGCAUCACUACUCCUGCACGUCUAGGACCCGGCAUGAUCUGUCCCCCAUCUGACAGCCGACAAUCCCUCGCUUCUUCAGCCUUUACCUUUUCUCUUACUAACGACAGCUUGACUGACAAGGGAAAAGGAAAAGGAAAGAGCAAGCGUGCUCGAUCCGAAUCCUUUGCUGAGCCUGCGAUUGACUCAGAUGCCGAGACCGACACACCUGAGAUUGUCAGCGGACCAACUCGAAGAGUGAUUCCUCCACCACGACGAAUUGGUGUAGGUAGUUCGAAUCAAGGGACAUCUAAGGUGUCAAAGAAGACCUCUGCAGUUUCUCGGCGCAGGGAUGAAGCUGAAGCCAAAUUGGCUUUAGCUGCUGACGCUGGAGUCGAACCUGAUCUCAAUCAAGACUUGGAUGAAGAGAAUCGACGUGUUCGUCAACGAAUUCAAGGUGCGAAUGGUCAAGAAGUUGAUGAAUAUGACCCACCUGUUAUAUACUUUGGGAAACCGUUUCGUCGACCAAAUGACGUAAGUUUUUUUUAUUUUCAUCAUUGUAUCAAUGAAAACUACUAA